CAAUCGCAUCGUCACCCUUCGAUAAGACAGUCUAACAUUGGACAGUAAUGCAAUAUUAAAUGUAUAGAACACUCGUGGCACUAAACAAGUAUCAUUAUAAUAAUCGUUCGCUCUUUGACACCGUUUUGACGUAACAAGAAAUACGUCUAUUAUUUUAUUUUAAUACCCACUUUCAUAAAUAAUUAGAUCAAAUAAUAGUGCAGUUAAGUAUUAAGGUACUUGUCAUGGAGUAAAUACUAGUUUUAGUGUUUUUAAAUGUUUCCACAAGUGUGUUGUGUUAAGUUUUAUUAAGUAAAUUAAAUCGAAGAGAACAGAUUUAUCAAUUUGAUAUUUGGGUUAUUGAUGCAUGUGAAAGAAUAUGACUGAAAUUGAAGAACAUAUUUUGCGAAGACGCAAACAAGAAGUUCUUUUACAAAAUGGACUCACAAAGCGAGAUGAAGAAAAGAAGCCACUACCAGAAUUUAUGCAUCGGGAUUCACCUCUAACGGAACUUAUAGAAGGAUCACUUCAUAUACGAGCAAUAUACCAUAUAUUUGUGGUCAUCCUGCUGGUGCUACUAUGUGACACAGUGAUAUACGACUUCGUUGAACGUGGAAAGAUAAACAUCGGAACAACUUCAGUGAUCCAUGGAUUUGGUGACAUACGCCGAGGAGCUAAAAUCUGGCUGUUAGAACUUGCAAUCGCACUCGCUUUCUAUCCUGGGCUAAGAUUAUACGCUGGCACCAGAAAAUUCUUAGUGAAAUUUCCAGCGGCACUAAAAAUAUGGUCAAUCAUGGGAAUGCUUGGCGUUGCUGUUCUGGAGGUGACGGUAAUUGCUAUACCCACCUGGGAUCUGGGCAAGAAGAAACUUGCACUAGCCUCCUCUGUUGCUGUUACUUGCGAAAUGUUCAGAUUUGCAAUGAAAAUUCAAGCGGCAGCCGUCGCCUGCGCCCCGCGAUGUCGAGACCAUCUUGCGAAACUGCCUACAUUCAAACACUACAUAUACUUUCUAUUCGCACCCACCUUAGUAUAUAGAGAUGAAUAUCCAAGGACGAAGAAAAUUAGAUGGGGCUUCGUAUUAUUUCAUUUUCUGGAGGUAGCGGCAAUAAUAUUUUACAACAGUUUUCUUUGGGAAAGAUUUAUUUUACCGUACUGGUCAGAUUACGGAAAAGAACCCAAAGUGGAAGCGGGCACUGUGGUGCGCGGCAUGUUCGCCUGCGUCCUGCCCGGCGUGAUUUCCUUCCUGUGCGGUUUCUAUUGUCUACUCCACGCUUGGCACAACGCUUUUGCAGAGAUGCUAACAUUUGGCGACCGACUCUUUUACGAAGAAUGGUGGACAACUUCUCAGUUUUCUCGUUACUAUCGCGCGUGGAAUCGCGUCGUACACUCGUGGUUGCGUGACCACAUCUACAGGCCGCUGUCACCGCGGGCUGGACGAGCACUUUCCACUCUAGCAGUUUUUGCUGUAUCAGCAGUGGCACAUGAAGUGAUUCUAUCCUUAUCCUUCGGUUUCUUCUAUCCAGUACUUAUGAUGGAGUUCGGAGGGCUUGGCUUGCUAAUGUUGCCGCUCACAGCGUCAACUGGACGACGCUUUCCCAGCUUCCUUAACCUUCUAAUGUGGCUGUCUUUCUUCAUAGGCAAUGGUCUGUUAUGGAGCCUCUACCCGAUGGAGUUUUUCGCAAGAAAAAAUUGUCCGCCCUCGCCAAAUGACAGCUUUUUUAUACCGAAAUCUUGGUCUUGUCCGGAAAUAGUGCUGAAACCUAAUUGGAGUUUUCAAAACCCAUUUAAUAUAAUUUAUUAGGUGAAAAUAGUUAUAGCAACUUUAACUAUGUAAUAAUACAAAAGUACGAACUGCAACGUAUCAUUUCUACGGAAUAGUCGUCACGAAAAAAUAUGACUGGUAGAAAACAGUAAUAUCAAAUUAGUGAACAAUGAAAUUAUAAAAAAACAAAAUCAAAAACAUAAUAACCGGGUUAUGUCCAGAAAAGAUUUUUGAGUGACUGGUUUUUCAUAUUUUAAGGUUUUUUUUAAUUGAGCUGUAGGUACAGUCGCGGUAAACAGCGGUUUUCUAAUUACAGAAAAAUUACCUAUUCCUUGCUACGAGACAAUUCCGCCUCUUCUUACAACUAACUAAGUAGGUAGCAAUGAGGUAACAAACUACGAGAUUAUAAUUAAAAGCAAUUACCCGUGUACUGUCCCUUUUUCGUAUAUUUAAAAGUUGCGUCCUUUGGGUUAUUGUUUCGCGUCGUCGUCUCUAUGUGUACAAAACGUCUAAAAAACUAGCUUUUAAGGUGGAACGUCGCUAGAUUCCCUAACUGUACCUACAUAUUUCGUAUGGUAAAAAACCAUUCUUAUUUUAAAACUGCCUGUUAUUUGUGAUGACUGUAGUAUACUAGCACUGUUAUUUUUUUUAUUAAAAUCAAAUUACUAAAAUUAA